AUGGCGGAGGAACCGUCUGCCAAGCGUCAUCAUGAUGAGACGCCGGACAAGAGCAGCAACCUCGUCGACAUUCACGUCCCCGGCGAGAAGCGCGAGUACACAACAACCCUCAAAGGGGUUGAGCUCCACAGCAAUGAGACGCUGGAGAUCGUCUGCACCAGCGUACCAGAAAAGGCCUACGAGGUGAUAUCCAGGCUCUGGAUGAAGCUUGGCGGCAAGAGUCCGAAUCAUAGGAUCGUCGGUGUUGGUGUGCACUACACCAAUGAAGAUGAACCUCCCCAGAUGGCAGCAGUCCUGCAGUUGUUCGUCGACGACCUCUGCUUGGUGUACCACAUCGCAGCGGCCACAAAAUGGUGA